AUGCACGACAGAGACGACCCUUACGUUAUUUUGGGCAUCUCUCCUUCCUCGGAUGCGAAAGUCAUCAACGACGCGUACCGGAAAUUAGCGUUGCAAUACCACCCAGACACGGUGAAUAAGAAUACGAAUACGACGAAUACGACUGAUAACAACAACGCGAACAAGACGUUCGAUAGAAUCACGCAGGCCAGAGAAAAAGCUCUGAGAAGAGCGACAGGAGGAAAAGGAGGAGGAUAUGCAUCAUCGAACAGCUGGCGAGAGGCGACGCGACACAGCGACUUUAAAGGAGGAGGAGGAGAAAAUUUUUACCAAAAGUACGACCAUUUAUACGAGCGAAGACGACAUCCCAUGCACGUGGGCAGACAAUACGGCGGCGGGGUGUUAUUACUCUGGAGUUUAAGUUUGGUGACCUUUGGGAGUUUUUUGUGGGAGAUAUCGCGCGCGGAACACAAAGUCGGUCCGGCGACGGAGAAGCGGAGAGAGAAGCGAAGGAAAGAAGAGUUUGCGAACCGAGAGAAAGCGAGGGAGAUUGGACGGAUGGAAAGAGGGAGUACAAGUGGUAAGUCUGCGAGAAAGAAGAAAGAAAAAGUCGUGCCGGAGAUGAUGACGAUGAUGGGAAAUAGUCGACACGUGGCGAGGUUAGAUGAUGGAGGGCUUUUAUUCGUAGAAGACGAAGAAGACGAGGAAGAAAAAUUCAAUCGCAAAGGAUACUACGAGACGACGACGAAAUUUAAACGCGUUAAACCGUUCGUCUCGAAGCACGCGGAACGAACGAAAGCGAACGCGCUGGCGCAGAAAAACUUAUCCGAGGAGGAUAUCGAGAAAGCGUUGAUACAAAUGCGAACGAUGGAACGCGAGAUUGAGUGCUGCGCAAAGUGCGGAUGGCCGCUACCGUAUCAGAGCACGAUGUCCUGCCCGGCGUGUGGGGCGAGGACCAUACAAAAACGAGACGUCGUUCGCGUCGUAAUUAACAAGAAACAGCAACCGGAAAAUGGAACAACAGAGGAACAACAGAGUAGUCGUAGAGCGGCGGAGGUGAAAGAAACUUCUUCCGACGACGAUCUUCCGAAUACUAGUACUCAUAGCGAAACAACUCAUAGCAAAAAUCGAGAAGCCGCCGCCGGGAGAGCGAGCAGCCCGGCGUCGUAG